AUCACGUGAUGUCAUGUUUUUAAAAUGGCAUCCCUUGUUUCAGCCUUGGCAGCUAUUUUCUGUAAAGAAUAGUUCGUAUUUAUUUCCGCUUUCCUCUCGUAUCUACUUUUUUUUUGAUGCAUACUGACUGAGAGAGCCACUUAUGUGCCUGACCUCAAUAUCACUGUAUGAUCGCAUGCCCUUGUGAGUUAGUGCUAUUUAUAGAUUCUAAACUUGGAUGCCCAACGUCGACGUUAAUCAAGUAAAGGAGGACGUACAAAUCGUCAACGUAGAAGUAGAAGAAACUUCUCAGGAAGUUCCUAACGUAGAUCUACAUCUAGAUCUAGGUCUAAUUGAUUGUGAAACUAAAGCCAAAGCACAAAUAUCAGAUCUAGAGGAUAAUUCUGUGGCUGUAGGUCCAUCAUACACAAAAAAAGUCAUGGAUGAUUUAGACGCCUUGCUAGCAGAUUUACAGAGCACAACAGCGAACAUCUCCUCCUACCAACACAGUCUGGGCCAGUACAACCAGGAGCCCAACACUUCUUCCUACCCUCAGUACUACCGGAACGACGGCGCCCCUGAAGGCGUAGACUUAGGGCCGCAUUACCAACGGCUCGACCACAGCCGCUCGGGUCAGGAUGGAAGGGGCUAUCUAGGCCAAGAGUAUCACGCCCCAGAGGAUUACCAGCAGCGUGGAACAGGCUCGGUGGUCACGGUCCGGCGGAACAGCUACAACUCUAGCGGGGAGAAUUCUGGCAACUCGACGCCCCCGCCGUUGCCUCCGCCUCCCCCGUCUGAAAUUCUGGACAGUAUAGCGUACGGUAGAGAUCAAGAGCCAAUCUACGAACAGCAAACAUUCCAUGUAAGGGACACGACUCCUUCCUCCACGUCGGACGGCAGCGAGCAGAUAACCAGUCAAAGGGCGCAGGUCAAAGUUCGAGGGGAGAGGAUGUCCGCCCUCAGCAACAACCUGUCCGAGCUGGACCAGCUCCUUCAGGACCUCAACUCUGCCCAGUUCAUGGCCGAAGUUGACCGCAAGAGUAACAAAAUCAUAAACUUUCUAAAUUACCUGGAGGAUCAGAGUGAGGAGAAGCCAAAGGUCAAGGAGGUGAGUGUGGUCAAUGGAGGUGUAGCCGCCAAGCAGCCACCUCCCAAAGUAGCCGCAAAGCCUGGCCAAAGGACUUCAGUGGACAAUCUGCUGGAUGAGCUGGAAAUAGUAGGAUCACAGCCUGGAAGAUUCCCAACAGACCCUCACUACCAGGAGCUAAGCACUGUCACCACCAACCAUUCCCAGUACCAACGAGAAGGUGGCCCAGCCUUUAUUCAUAACUCAGCUCAGUCUUCCACCACUUCAUAUGCCCACCCUCAAACAGCUUCCACUGCAACCAGGGAGCUAGAUGAGCUAAUGCUGUCCCUGUCUGAGUUUAAGCUUCAGAACAAGCCAGAGGUAGAUGCCAACCAGGAGCCAGCCUAUGCCAAGCCAGUCAAAAAGUCCUCUACCGGAGUGAGUCCCACCAGUCCUUUAGGUCCCAGUCCACUUUCACAGCAAGUCCCAGCUGAACGUCAUCAACAGUUCCAGCAGCAGCAGCAGUAUCAAAUUCAGCGAGAGAACGGUCAGUUGGAGAGUAUGCUAGGGGACCUCCAGUCAGACAUGAAUAGACAAGGAGUCAACACCAAGCAGAAAGGUGUCUGUGCUGCUUGUCAGAAAUCCAUUGUUGGCCAGGUUAUCGCUGCACUUGGCCGCACAUGGCAUGUGGAGCACUUUGUCUGUGCCCACUGUGAAGUUCCUUUGGGCACAAGGAAUUUCUAUGAGCGGGAUUCUUUAGCCUACUGCGAAGUAGACUAUCACCAGCUGUUUGCCCCAAGGUGUGCUUAUUGUAAUGGCCCUAUCGUUGAUAAAUGUAUCACAGCACUUGAGAAAAUGUGGCACCCAGAGCACUUCUUCUGUGCCCAGUGUGGGCGUCUGUUUGGGGAGGAAGACUUUCAUGAGAAGAAUGGGAAAGCUUACUGCAGGGAGGACUACUUCCAGAUGUUUGCCCCCAAGUGUGGAGGCUGUGCCAAGCCCAUCAUGGAUAACUACAUCUCUGCACUGAACAGGCAGUGGCACCCAGAGUGCUUUGUCUGUUGGGAAUGCAGAGCUACAUUUGGCGUAGGUAGUUUCUUUGACUAUGAAGGAUUACCUUACUGUGAGACUCACUACCACGCCAAGAAAGGCUCCCUAUGCGCCAGCUGUGAAAAGCCCAUCACUGGCCGCUGCAUCACGGCCAUGUUCAAAAAGUUCCAUCCUGAGCACUUUGUCUGCGCAUUCUGUCUGAAGCAGCUUAACAAGGGCACGUUCAAGGAACAGAAUGACAAGCCUUACUGCCAUCCAUGUUUUGUGAAACUGUUUGGUUAAAGCCUUUAAUUUCAUGUACUUUUUUUAUAACUAUAUUUGUAUAUAAAUCAUUUAUAUUUACAUGUUUCUCUUAAUAUAUAUAUAUAUUAUGACAUUAUAUGCGCUAUAGAUUGUAUAUGUAUAUAUUUAUACAGUUAUAUAUACAUAUUUUUUUUUUCAUUCUAAUAACUAGCAAUUAAUGACUAAUCAAUGAAGUACUCAAAGAGUAUUUUGGUUGAUAUGAAUCAAUGUCCAAAGAUUGGCUUCGCCUUUAAAGUAGUCAAAAGAACCAAUGAAUAACAUGAUUCAGCUCUAAUGACUUAAUGAACAGUUUCAUGUGUGCAGAAAGUAUUUAGCUUUUAGAAAAAGAUAUCUGUAGAGAAUAAAAGUUGAAAACACAAAUGGAUAUUGUUCUGGCUACGUAGUGACUGAAGGGAAAUCUGGAGUUCACAUUCUGAUGGAUCUUGAGAUUUUGUACAAAUCUUGGAUUCUGUCUGUCUGGAUUCUUUGACACUUUUUGUUUGUUCCUUUACUUCCCAUUCUAGGAUGGAGUUGAAUUUUGCCCACAAUUGUUUAUUGUUGAUGAAUCAAUCCAAAAAUUAACCAAUUAGUGGUUAUUACUUCAUUUUGUUUUGUUUAGGAAAAUAGGAACUGGUGAGAUAAAUUUUGCAAUAUUGAGACAUUGAAUGGUGCUCUCACUUCACUCAAUAUAAACUUUGUUUUAAAAAAAAAAAAAGUCUAUUUUUAUAUUUUGUUUGUUAAUUAUGGGCUUUUGGGUGUACUUCAGUUUUUAAAAUUGAUACCUGACAGUUUUUUGGGUAAAGUCUUAUAACAAUGUAAAAUGUUGACUAUAGAGACAGGUCACAGAGGGAACUACUAGAUCACUUGCACCAGAGAACCUUAUCUCACCUUCCAUCUCACCUGCUAUCUCACCUGCUAUCCCACUUACUAUCUCACCUACUAUCUCAGGAUUUUCUUGAAAACAGAACCAAACUUGUAAUUCAUGUAAAAUUUUGAAUCUAUUUUUAGCCAACAUUUCACCCAUCACAAGAAUUAAAAUGAAACAUUGGAACAAGAUUUGAACUCACUUUCUGUCACUAAAACAUUGCUGUCAAAAAUUGUAAAUCCUUGUUAAUUGUUAUCUUUUUCUUUUUUUUUUGUAAACCUUGCUGGAACACUCUCUUACGAAUAUAGCCUUGAUUCGUAUUAGUUCCUCUGUAAACACAAGACUAGAAAUACAGAACCUAGUAUUGAACUAAGAAACACUCUAGUAGUUGAACACAUUUUUUUCUUUGCCAGAAGUCUCAGUCUUUCUGGCUGCAUUGAGUAGAAGCAUUGAGUGGAAGUGCAGUAUCAAACAUCUUUCACAUUUGACCAACAUUGGCAAUAGGAGAGUUUCUAGACAUGAUGUAGACAUAGUAUAGGCCUUUGAGGUGUUCCUAAAAAGCUAGUCACAUCAACUAAAAUGUUAGGGUCAUGAACUAAAAAGAAGUCACAUGACCUAGUGUUAUUUUGGAUUGUUAUACUUUCUUCCAGACCUGGACACCCCCCCCCCCACACACACACACACACCAAUUCCCCUUCCUCCUUUUUUUGUUCUAUAGACAAUGAUACAGCAAAAAGUUUUGUAUAAAACAAAUUGUUUUGUUGCUCUUGAUUUUACAUUCUGGUUUGUUUUACCUGCUGGAGUUUUUUUUAUUUGUUUGUAAUGAAUUUCUAUACAUUUUAUUAGCAACUUGAUUCUGUUCAAUUUCUGUUUUUGUCAUUGUUAAGGAUAGUUUACUAUAGUGGGAAUAGUUUGUUUUGGUUUAUAUUUUGUGUUGUAUAAACCAAAACUUAGGUUUGUGUGUUAUCUAAAAGAAUUCUUUUACUACUAAAUAUAAAUAGAAUCUAAUGACACUUGUCAUUUUCUUGGUUUGAUUUGGCAAUAACUGUUCUUGUUACAUUCUAUAGAAACUAUCUCAGCCUUGCUGAUAUUACAUGCUGAAUUCAUGAGUUAGAUUGCACUUGAUUCAUGAUUCAUCUGUUUGUUGUGGAUUGUCACAUGACUACAAUGAUUAAAUUACAUGAAAUGUAUUUGGCCUGAAGUCAUGAUGGAUGAGUGUUCCAUUUACGGACAUGUUUGUAUUAGUCAGUGACAACAAUGCAAGCUUUUCCAAACAUUACUGUCAUCAUGUCAUUUCUUUUUGUUCUGCUGACAAUAUGUUUUUUUUUUGUUUUUUGUUGUACUUUUUAUAACAUCAAAUCAAGAACUCAAUCUCACUGCUUUUAAACUAUGUUCCAUUAGUGGAAUAAUGGGAAGCCACUGUUAGGGUUUAUCAUUUAAAAAAAAACAAACAACUGCUCAUAUGCUCAUAUUUCAGCUGUACAUUGAAGCUAAUAUAAUUUCUUUAUGUUAACCCUAAAAUACUUGGGCAAAGCUUGCUUACUGUUCAACCUACAAUGUAAAUUUGUGAUAAAAAUAUAUUUUAUUAUGGGUUGGAGACAAAAUAAUGACAUCUAUGAAUCUACUUUUCUUGUUUCCCAAUCUGCUCUGCAGUUCAAACAUUGAACAUAGAACAUUGAACUACUCAGAAGAAACAAAAAUAGUGUGUCUUCAACAGUAUAAUUUUAUGUUUUUUUUCUUUCGUGUGAGUUCUAAGUACUGGUUUGCUUGUUGACAAAAUCUGUUUGUCAAUAGAAAAAACUACAAUGCCAUUGUUUUGUGUGUUAUAAAUCAUGUGAUUGAUAUCUUAUGUAAAAGUUCAACACUAAAUCUAUUGAAGCCUUUCUUAAAUUUCUGUUUUAUAACAAUUGAAACUAAAACUAACAGAUAGAUUAGAACUGUGUGCCUUGAAAUUUGUUUUGUCUAGAUCUGUAGAAGGUUGAAACAUAUUUUGUUUAGAUCUGUAGAAAGUUGAAACAUGUUUUGUUUAGAUCUGUAGAAGGUUGAAACAUGUUUUGUUUAGAUCUGUAGAAGGUUGAAACAUGUUUUGUUUAGAUUUAUAGAGGUUGAGAAAUGUUUUCAAUUCUUUGAUUGUGGAGCUUGUGAUACUUGUUGUGUGUUGUGCUCUACUCAAGUGGUAAUAUGUCUAGUCAGUGACAUGCACAUGUGUCACUUGGACACACAUUGGGAUAAAUGACCAAGUGAAACUGAUUCAAGGUUAGGACCAACAUGUUUUGGCAAUUUGCUGUUUGCUUAGCUGUGCUCCUAAUUAUUUCAAGUUACCUGCCUGCAUUAAUUUUUUUUUAUUUGCCUGAAAAUGUUAAAUUCAUAUCUGGAAUGUCAUUCACUUAACAAAUUUACUUGACUUCAAUUUCCAUAGUCUGACCUUUCUGGUCUACAACAUUAAAAUAACCCCAACUAAUAUCUUUUGAUUGCAGAUCUUCUGGUCUGUCAGAAAAUGUACAUUUUACUAUGGACAGGUAAGGUUAAGGAUACAGUGGUUGGCUUAUUGUGUGAAUUAUUUCCUAAGCCAACUCUUUCUUCUUUAUCUCUGCUGUUUACAGUAUAUAGCAAUCUUUAUUUCAACCCUUCUGUGCUCUUUAUUGGUUGCUCUUCAGACAGUCCACAUGACCCGUUACCCUUCUGAUGGAAUGAUGACCAGGCCAAUGGCUCUAUUUAAUCAAGGUUAAUUCAAUGUACACUUUUGUCCCUUCACUUGGAAGCCAUUAUCAGAUGUAUACUUUAGGGUCAAGAAAAUGUUUUAUUUUGUUGAUUUUUAGCAGAACUUCAAAAUGAUAUUCACUCUAAAUCUGCAACUUGUCAAUUUAUGGAACUGCUUGUACAAAUGAACUUUUAUCACAAUAACAAUUAUUUAUUUCUUUCAAUUAUUUUGGUUGAUUCUAAAAGCUUGUGAAGAGAAUCAUUAAAUAAACAACACAAAUAUAUAUUUCUUUUUUCUUGUCUUGUUCUGUUAAAAAUAAGCUUUUAAAUAAUUGCACUGAACUGAUUUUGAUUGCUGUCUUUAAUUUGGAGUCUUUUACUGCUCACUAUGGGUAAAGGUGACUCAAAGUGUUUUUUAUUGUACAGCUGUUUCAUCCUGGGAUCUCUGCAAAAAGACAAGAUCUUCACCAUUUACUUACUUAGCUGUGUAAGGCUGGGAGAGUGUUUUAGUGUGAUUCAAAGUUCUUUCUUUCCAUUAAACUUGUACUAAUUAAUAUUA